UGAAGACACACCUAUUACUAAGGAAAUGGACGACAUACAAGAGGUCAGCUCCAACAGAGGGGACCAGACUCAGUCCAUCAUAGUGCUGUUUGUUCUCGUGGUGAUAGCUGUGGUUUUGGUUUUUAUUGUGGCUUUCCGCUUUAAAAAAAGAACAAAAACACCAAAAGUGCAAAUCAAUGAGGAAAAUGUCUUUUCCGUGGAAUUACAUGGAGUAGAAUCACGAAACGAAUACGAACUAGAGGAGAUUCCCCAGAACGAGGUUGGCGAUGUUGAGGAUGAAAUCAUCACCGUAGAGUACAGUAAUCUGACGUCACAAAGGGUCUCCAUUGAUCAGUUCAUCAGAGAAUUACCAGAAAAAAGAAGCAACGGAAUCCUGGAGAAAGAAUUCGAUGAACUUCCUACUGGACUACUAGAGUCCUAUUCCAAUGCUCUGAAGGCUUCCAGUAGAAAGGGGAAUCGAUACAAAGGAAUUUAUCCAUAUGAUUAUAAUUGCGUGAAAUUGAUGAGAACAUAUGCAAAUGAGAACGAUGACUUUGUCAAUGCAUCUUACAUACAUGGUUUCAACAAAGAGCGAGCGUACAUAGCCGCACAAGGUCCUUUUAAUCCCAAGACGUUAGAGGAUUUCUGGACGAUGAUCUGGCAGAAUGACGUCACAAGGAUCGUCAUGCUGACCAACCUUUACGAAGGAGAUAGGAUGAAGUGUCUGAAGUACUGGCCGGACACGGAUCUGGACAUCGGUCAAUACACCAUAAGACUGGACAAUGUGGAUGUGUACGACCACUACGUGCUGAGAUAUAUGGUUGUUCAUUGUCAGGAAGAGGAGAAGAAAGUGAUCCAGUUUCACUUCACCACCUGGCCAGACAAUUACAUUCCUGAUGAUCUGACGUCACUCUUUUACUUCCGUAACCUGGUCGGAAAUGGAUUGACCACAUCUGAUGGACCGAUAGUCGUUCAUUGCAGUGCUGGAAUUGGGAGAACUGGAACAUUCAUAUCAUUUGAUUACCUCCUGGAAGAGGGCGCUGCAGAACAGACAGUUGAUGUCAAGGGAUACAUUGCUUCUUUAAGACAGCAGCGCGGAGGAUCUGUGCAAACUUGUGACCAGUACAUCUUUCUUCAUGAGGCACUUGUGGAAGGAAUUUCAAACAGCAAUGUUCACCAUGGUUGUCUAUCUGUGUUGUAACAUAUGGGUAUAUGAGAAAAAUAUAACAUACUUACACACAAAUAGUUUGCUUCAUUUUCACAUAAGGAGACAUCAAUAUGACAAGAGUGUUUCGAUGUCACGUAACAGGAACAUAAGAAUACCAAAGUACACUUCAUUCCGUCGUGCAUUGUUCAUUUGUAUAUUCUAUGCAGAUUAUUGUUUCAAAGUAUGAUUUUCUUCAUGUCUUAUUUAAAAAAAAUCGCAUUCCU